AUUUCUAAGAUAACGGGCCUAAAAGGCACACGCAGACCCCUAUAAAAGGGAGAACUUUAUUUAAUCCAAUCCUCAGUCUAUUUGUUUCUCUUGAAAAUUGGUCUCUGUCUGUACAAAUGUGGCUUCAAGUGGUGCUUGCUGUUCUUUUUGGGACUCUCUUUGUGUUCUUAAGAAAUAAAUUUACUUAUUGGAAACGCAAAGGGUUCCCUUAUAUAAAACCAUCAAUUCCUUUUGGGAAUAUAAGUGAUACGGUGAAACAAAAAGUAUCCCUUGGAAAUUGCCUCCAUGAGCUCUAUAGGAAAUCAUCGAAUCCCUUUGUUGGGAUUUAUAUGUUCUUCCGUCCAGCUCUUUUGAUAAGGGAUGCAAAUCUCGCAAAGAACAUCCUAACGUCGGAUUUUGAAUAUUUCUACGACCGUGGUGUUCACUGUGAUGAAGAAAAUGAUCCCCUGUCGGCAACACUAUUUGCCCUUUCGGGUCAAAAAUGGAAGACAAUGCGAUCAUCCCUGUCGCCAACAUUCACAUCGGGAAAACUUAAAAAUAUGUUCCCGACAAUAAUGGAAACAGCCACUCAGCUACAGAAUUACAUUGAACCUCGUGCAGAAGCAGGAAAAACAGUUGAGAUGUUCGAACUGUGUGCCCGAUACACUGUUGAUAUAAUUGGAUCAGUUUUCUUUGGAAUAUCCGUUGAUACGAUAAAUAAUCCCGAAAAUACUUUCCGCCAAAUCGGACGAAUUGCCCAAGGGGAGAAUUUAUCCGUAGCCAUACGUUCAGUUGGAUUAGUUUUGGUGCCAAAACUCAUCAGAAUCUUUCGUGUUGGCAUUAUGCCCCCAUUUGUGGGGAAAUUCGUGAUAAAUCUCGUAAAGGAUACAAUUGAGUAUCGUGAGAAAAAUAGCGUCACACGCAACGAUUUCAUGCAACUACUGCUGCAACUGCGCAAUACAGGAAAAGUUAGUGCAAGUGAUGAAACUUGGCAGACAAAAGCUGGCGGCAAAAAGAUGAUGACCAUUGAGCAGUGUGCUGCACAGGUUUUCCUAUUCUACAUAGCAGGAAGUGAAUCAUCCGCCGCGACAAUUUGUUUCUGCAUCCAUGAACUCUGUCAUCAACGCAAUCUCCUCAUUGAGGCGCAACGGGAGGUUGAUGAGAUGCUGAGGAAGCAUAAUGGGAAGGUGACGUACGAUAACAUCGGGGAGCUGACCUUCCUUGAUAAAUGUAUCAAUGAGACCAUUCGGAAGUAUCCCGCUCUGCCGAUUCUCAAUCGUAUGUGUACAAAGGAUUACACAAUUCCUGGGACCGAUUAUGUGAUUGAGAAGGGAACACCGGUCAUUGUAUCCCUACUUGGGCUACACAAGGAUCCCAAAUAUUUCCCCGAACCGGAGAAAUUCAAACCAAGUCGCUUUGACAAAGGAAAAGAGGACUUUGUGCCGAAUGCUUUCUACCCAUUUGGCGAUGGACCACGAAACUGUAUUGCUCAACGAAUGGGGAAAAUCGUGGUAAAAGUUGGAUUAGUGACGCUUCUUUCAAAGUAUGAUUUCCACUGCACUGUUUCCGAUCAACCACAUGAGCUUGAAUUCAAGCUCAGUACCCUCAAUUUGAGUCUGUCGGAUGAUGUUAAAUUAAAGGUAACCACGCGGAAAUCCACACUACUGACUAAUACGGAAAUAAGUGCUGCAAAUGGCAAAAUAUGGCAUGGACACUGAUUGAAAUUCACUUUGUUGCCUGUUGACCGUCCAUCUGUUCUCACAAGCAAUAAAAACCAUGGGUGAGUGGGUUGAAUAAUUCAACAAAUUCUCUGCUCUAUAAAUCAGAAAGGAACAUAGAAAACACACCAUCCCACUAUAUAUUUUAUGCAUUUUCGCACAAAUUCACAUGAAUACUCGCAAAAUGACAAGAGAAUGCUGCAUAUUCAAGCUUUUUGAGCUUUUUGCAAUGAAUUUCCUAUAUAUACUUCGGGUUGAAAAGAAACAGCAAGUGUCUGUGUGUCACAAUAAUAAAUGAAAAUAAACAUGAUA